AUGUCUCUCACAGAAACCGAAAUUCAGGCAAAAGCCGCUCUACAAAAGUCUCUACGCGAAUCUGAAGAUCUCAUUCACUUCGAGCCAAGAGUUUACGGAGACUGGCGCGAUGAAUUCCAUGAAAAUGGCUGUGUUGUGAUCAAGAAUGUCAUCAGCCGUGAAAAAGCCAAGUACUACUGCGACAAGCAGAUUGAAUGGCUUCACAAGUUUGAUUUAGGAUUUGACGAGAAUGAUGAGAGUACAUGGGCAGCUGAGCACUUGCCAGUCAAUUUCAAGGGAGGAAUGUACUACGCAUAUGCCGCUCCGCACGAAAAGAUGGCAUGGGAAGCUCGAAUGGAACCCGCUGUCUUCGAAAUCUUCGAAAAACUAUGGGAAACCAAAGAAUUGAUUUCAUCCUUCGAUGGCUUGAACGUCUCCCUACCGCGACGCAAAGAUCUUGCAGGGACCCCCUGGCCACACUGUGACCAGAACCCAGCUCGCAAAGGAAUGCAGGCCGUCCAAGGUUUGUUGAACUUUGCACCAAACGGCCCCAAGGAUGGAGGUUUGGUCUUGAUGAAAGGUUCUGCUAAGCUAUUCAAUGAAUAUUUCGCCCAGGACAGGGAGCCAUAUGCACACGAAGAUGCUCCUCCACCAGAAUUGAGGUAUCAGGAUCUUUUCCUGUUCAAUCCGAGGGACCUCAAAUGGUUCGAAGAGCGUGGCUGUGAGCUAGUCAAGAUCAACAUGGAACCCGGCGACUUUGUUCUCUGGGACUCGCGCACUAUUCACUAUGCUGAAUUGCCUCAGGGUGAUCAGAUCCGACAUGUCCAGUAUAUUUGCAUGACACCUCGACGAUUCGCGACCAAAGAAGCUCUAGAGUUGAAGAAGGAAUGCUUCAAUAGCUGGCUUGGUACCACUCACUGGCCACACUGUAAUAUUCGCCCAUCGGCCGAAAAGCCCAUGCGAAACGGAAAAGUCUGCCCGAAAUACCGUACAGAGCCAUUCGAGAAGCCUGAACUUACGGACCGUCUGCUACAGCUGGCUGGAAUUGAGGAUCCACUUAACCUACCCAUGUGGCAGAAAUUUGUCAUUCUGGCUAUCAUUUCUAUUUUCUCAACGAUCGGUCUCACUCUUGUCUCUGGAUUCGGUGGCUUGUUGGGCUUCUACAUCCCUGAAUAUUCGGCAGCCGGCAAGGAUUACAACGCCAUAACCAAGUUGAUGACUUACCCAACCUUGUUUAUGGGAAUCGGCAACCUCAUCGGCAUGCCUCUCGCCAUAGGAGUUGGCAGGCGUGUCGUAUUCCUCGGCUCAACGGUAGUGCUAGUCAUCGGCGCAGCUCUCUGCGCUGCUGCCAAAACCUACGAAUGGCAACUUGCAUGUCGCAUGGUCAUUGGACUAGCAGCAGGUCAAAGUGAGUCGGUCGUUCCCAUGGUAUCUCAAGAAAUCUUCUUCCUGCACGAGAGAAGCACCGCAAUUACAGUCCAGCUAGCAGUCCAAACUAUCCUGUCAUGUGUCUUGACGCUUUUUGCUAGUCCCAUUGCAGGCGCCAUCACACCGCAGUGGUGGUAUGGUCUGGGUGCUAUUCUGAGUGGUUUACAAUUUAUCCUUACAUUCUUCUUCUUGCCUGAAACCAAGUAUGAACGACCUUUGUCUUCUUAUCAGGAAGCGUCGUCCACGGAAGACUCCACACCUGAGAAUGCUGAGGGCGCAUCUGUGAAACAAGAAGUACCGGUUUACACGAGCCGGCCUCCUUUGGAUUAUGCAAAUUAUGAGCAACGUACAUGGAGGUCUGAUUUACGCCUAUGGGUUGGAACCCCUGACUGGGCUGGAACCUGGAUCCAAACCGGUGAACUUCUUCUCUUCCCCAACGUCAUCUGGGCACUACUCAUCAACGGCGUGACUCUUGGAACCAACGUCGCUAUCGGCACGACUUAUAGUGCUAUAGUUACGGGUGCGCCAUAUAACUGGCCUAACAACAGCGCAUCAUACGCCAAUAUCGGCCAGAUAGUGACUGCCGUCGUGGCACUACCACUCCUAGGGCAGGGCUCAGACUGGCUCAUCAAGCGCAUGGCCAAAAGAAAUGGCGGCUUACACGAGCCCGAAGUUCGAUUGAUCCCAUUGAUCAUUCCCAUUAUAGUCGGAACUUUUACUGUUGUGUUAUACGGCCAAGGAGCAGCUCAUCCGGAAAAGUACCAUUGGUUUCUCUAUGUGUGGACCAUCGCGGCGUACUAUUUUGCUUUUGUAGGUGCAAACAUCACUGCUGUUACGUACCUAUUGGACAGUUAUCCGGCUCGCGCUGGUCCAUUGUUGGUUAUCGUAUGUGCUUUUAGGGGUUUUAUUUCGUUUGGAACGAGCUACGGUACUGCUCCGUUUAUUGCUAGUUAUGGAUAUGACGGGACUUUUGGAACUUUUGAGCCACUUCCUGUGUCUUCACCUCUCUCUCAGCAAUACUCAUCUUCCUGA